AUGAAUGAAGGAUCUUUUGUUUCCCUGUCCUGUGGCUUUGACCGCUGCAACCUGAGUGAGAGCAGUUUUGUCUGGUACAAGCAGGAGCAACCAAUCAACCUUCCAAGGAACAUCUCGGUCUCAGUCAGUCCUCCUGGUGAAAUAGUGCCUGGGAGUCCAGUGACUCUCACCUGCAGCAGCAAUGCAAACCCACCAGUCAGCAGCUACAGCUGGUUUAAGACGAGUAGAAACCAUGUGGUGAAGUCAGAGCAGCUGGACAGACAUGUGCUCAUUGUUCUGUAA